CUCUUCGUUUUAAACAAAAAAAGUCCGAGGCGCUGCUGUGGUUCACUCCAAAGUCUCCGCGGUUAGCCCGGGGCGUUUGCUGCCCGAGGCCCUGGAGCCUUUCUGAACCUGAGGAUUUAAGGAUACGCGACAGGCGAGGGAGGUCGGAAUGAUUUCUUCGCGGAACCAUUGAGGCGAGGCCUCUGGGAGCGUUUUGAGGGAGGGACCGUGGCGGGUCCGCCUAGGCGUGCAAGGAUGGCGGCGGAGAAGACUGAUGCGGGGCCGAGGGCCGCGGUCCCUGUGGAUCUGCGGCGGGAGCGGCGCUUGGUGUGCGUGGAGUACCCGGGCGUGGUGCGCGACGUGGCCAAGAUGCUACCGACUCUGGGCGGCGAGGAAGGCGUCUCCCGAAUCUAUACAGACCCCACCAAGAGGCUGGAGCUGUACUUCCGACCCAAGGACCCAUACUGCCACCCAGUGUGUGCCAACAGGUUCAGUACCAGCAGCCUGCUGCUCCGGAUCAGGAAGAGGACCAAGCGGCAGAGAGGAGUGCCAGCGGAGGCCUACUCCAAGGUCGAGUUUGACAUGGAGAUCCUGGGCGUCGUCUCUACCAUUUACAAAUUUCAGGGAAUGUCUGACUUCCAGUACUUGGCCAUACACACGGAAGCCAGUGGUAGGCACAUGUCAAUGUAUGACAAAGUACUCCUGCUCAGGCCCGAGAAGGAGGUGUUCUUCCACCAAGAGCUGCCGCUCUACAUCCCCCCACCCAUCUUCUCCCGCCUGGACACCCCAGUGGACUACUUCUAUCGACCCGAGACGCAGCACCGGGAAGGCUACAACAACCCACCACUCUCAGGUGAGAACCUAAUCGGCCUGAGCAGAGCCCGGCGCCCCCACAAUGCCAUCUUUGUCAACUUCGAGGACACAGAGGUACCUGUGCAGCCACUGGAGGCUGCCGCGCAGACAUGGAAGAAGAACUGCACCAACCCCGCAGACCGGGAGGUGGAGGAGGCGCUGAGGAAGCUAUUUGACAUCCGUCCCAUCUGGUCACGAAAUGCUGUCAAGGCCAACAUCAGCGUCCACCCUGACAAGCUCAAGGUCUUGCUUCCCUUCGUGGCUUACUACAUGAUAACGGGCCCCUGGAGGAGCCUGUGGAUUAGAUUUGGAUAUGACCCCCGAAAACACCCAGAGGCCAAGAUUUACCAAGUCCUCGACUUCCGACUCCGCUGUGGGAUGAAGUAUGGAUAUGGCUCCGGUGAAAUGCCUGUCAAAGCAAAGCGCAGUACCUACAACUACAGCCUUCCCAUCACUGUCAAGAAGACACCCACCCAGCUUGUCACCAUGCAUGACCUGAAGCAAGGCCUGGGCCCUUCGGGGAUAGCCGGCCCCCGGAAAUUGGCCUCCAACAAGUACAAACUGAAGGACUCAGUCUACAUUUUCCGGGAGGGGGCCCUGCCGCCCUAUCGACAGAUGUUCUACCAGCUGUGUGAUUUGAACGUGGAAGAGUUGCAGAAGAUCAUUCACCGCAAUGACGGGGCAGAGGACUUGUGCACAGAGCGGGAUGGGUGGUGCCUCCCCAAGACUAGCGAUGACCUGAGGGACACCAUGUCCAUCAUGAUUCGGCAGACCAUCCGCUCCAAGAGGCCUGCACUCUUCUCCAGCCCAGCCAAAGCUGACCGUGCAAAAGGGCAGCUGAUGUUCGAGUCUGGGGAAGAUGAAGAGGAGGAAGAGGAAGAGGAAGAAGAAGAGGAGGACUUCAAGCCCUCGGAUGGGAGUGAGAAUGAGAUGGAGACGGAGAUUCUGGACUAUGUGUGACAAGACCCUCAUCCCCAGGCUGACCAGGGGACUGGUGUCCAUCCUGGUGUGGGAGCCAUAGCAAGCUGUGGUCCCCACUGUCGUCCACAGUAGCAAGGCUGGCCCCAGAGGCCCCUCUGAGGAAAGCGGGAGUCCCAGGGGGACAGGCCCUGGCCCUGGCUGUGGCCUGCUGCUCCGUGCUACCCUUUUCUCUGGAUGUUCCUGGCUUCACGCACUCAUAACACAGGCCCGAGUUUGGCAGGCUGAACUGGUGCUCACRACCUCUGGCUGAGGGAGAGCCAGCKGCGGAGAUGUGCACUGGCACAGCCCGUCCCAGCAGGGGCCUCGUGACCAGUGGCAGAGAUAGGUACCGCAGUCCACGUCACAGAUGGCCAAAGACUGCCCUCGGGGCUCCCAUAGUGCAUUAGUAGUUCCUUCACUCACCCGGUGAAGUGCUGGUAGUGCUGGGACAGUUGGCACCGGCCUAAGCCCCUCRUUUGGGUGAGACGAGGACAUUGGGAGUAGCCCAAGGCUAGGCUUGUUCCUGACUUCCAAAUGGAUAUGAUCUUCAGAAGUUCCCAGAAAGAGUUCUUGUGUCACAGCUUCCCCGUGUGGACUCUCCUGUCCUUGCAGAGCCUGCCUCCUGUGCCCCAGGGCAGCAACACCAAGGCCCUGAGCCGGAUGGGCCUUGGCCUGCUUUUCUGUGUGGCUAUGAGUCCCUUCAGCAGCAUGGCAGGCAAAAUAGAAACACAUUAGUCUCAAAACCAAAGGCCUCAGACCAGCCCCAUUCUGCUGACCAAGUUCCUGGGAAGCCCCCUCCCAUGACAACAUCAGGAACCCAGUGGCUCAGCCCAAGUGGCUAGGCCUGGGAGCCAGCUGCGCAGGGGAAGCAGGCCAGGUGGCUCACUCCCUGCAGCUGGGAGAAGCUCAGCCCAGAGACCGAGACGGCCCCUGCCUAAGGAUAGGCCGCCCAGGCCUGGCCCGGCCCCUGGCCAUAGUUUCCCUCAGGAGCAGCUGGCCUCUGCCAGGUCUCCGCUGGGGCCACUCCCGCUUCCUCUGCAUCACUAACCCCAGUCCUCAGGGAGGGCCUCUGGGUUCUGGUCCCAUCUUCCCAGGAGCACCUUGGUCCCUGUGCAAAUCUGGGGAGGUGCUAGGACAACUAGGUGCCAGCACAACUAGGCCUUACCCUCCUCCCCCAGAACCUAGGACAGGGCUGGUCCUGCCUCAGGUCUGCCCAACCAGAAGGGCUUCCCAAGGUCUAUCAGAUUGCGAGAGGUAUGGUGGCUUCUUCCUCCCUUUUAAUAAACCUUGCACCGUGAGAAAUGUCAGGUAAGUGCCCAGCAACUUGCACGCCGUGGUGCAGUCUCACUGCGUCCGUCCUCGGGAGCCCCGUGCUUCCUGGCUCCAGCUCAGAGCUGCUGCUGCAUUUGAGCAGCAGUUACGUGUGUGCUGCUCGGGCUUCUCCAGGAGAGCAGACCUGUCCAGCCCCGUGUGGGCAGAGAUUUACAUCUAGGAGCUGGCUCCUGUGGCAGUGGAGGAGCAGGUCCCACGACUGCAGGCGGCAGUGGCUGGCAGUGUGCUGGCAGGGUCCUUGCUCAGGCCAGGUCUGCAGGUGAACUCUGAUUGGGUGAGGCUCACCCAUCACCCACAURGAGGGUGAUCUGCUAAAGUCCCCAAUUUAAACAUUUAUUUCGUUCAAAAAACACCUUCACAGAAGCCUCUAGAAUAAUAUUUGACCAGUUGUCUGGACACAACCAGGUGUCCAGACACAUAAAGUUAACCAUCACAGUACCUAACAAAUCUCCAGUGACUUCUUAGUAUAUAAUCCUGUUCCAUAUUCCCGUUCCCCUGAUUGCCUUAAAAAUGUCUUUUUGCUUUUGGGUCAUGGGUCAGACGAGUUCGCCUCUCUGCCGUCUGCCUUCACCACAAAGUGACGGCUCACAGCCCACACCACGAGCUGAGGUGUGCUGGCACCAUGCUCUGGGGCCUCGAGGCCACCAGCCCAAAGAACCCUCUUUACAGCUCGCGCGGUCCAGGCCUCCUGUUACUCCAGUGGGAAGCCAAGGGCUGUUUGUCCUGUGGAGUGUCCCUGCUCUGGCUUUGCCUGGUUGCUUCCUCAUGGUGGUAUUGGUCGUGCUCUGCUGUCCCCCUUAUUUCCUGAGAACCGGAGGAAGACACCUAGGCAAUGCCCUCAGGGAGACACGGGAUGUAUGUUCAUCCAGGUGUCAGUCCAACCGUUGGUCUUUCACCUGGUGGUUUUUAUCAGCUACUGAUCAAAUAGUCACCUGAAUUGGAUACUUCUUUUUUUUUUUUUUUCUUUUUGGUACCAGAGAUUGAACCCAGGGGCUCUCAACCACUGAGCCACAU